AUGUCGAUAGCUGAUGGAAAAUUACCAAUACCAUUUGUGCAUAUCAACGAUUCCGCACGACACCUAUUGUUCAGACGUCUGCGCAUACCAACUGUUCAGGUUAUCUUCGGCGCAACAUCAACUGUUCUGGUAUUCUUCUGCACAGUACCAAUUUUUCCAGGUAUUUUCUGCACCCACCAACGCUCCCGAUUGUUUUCUGCGCUCACCAACGAUUCCGUUUAUCUUCUGAGCGCUUCAACGGUUCCGUUUAAUUUCUGUGUCCAACAACGUUUCCGUUUAUCUUCUGCGCCCACCAACUGUUCCGUUUAUUUUCUGCACCAUUCAACGGUUCCGUUUAACUUCUGGGCCCACCAACGGGUCCGUUUAUCUUCAGUGCCCACCAACGAUUCCGUUUAUCUUCUGCGACCACCAACGGUUCCGUUCAUUUUCUGUGCCCUUCAACGGGUCCGUUUAUCUUCUGCGCUCGCCAAACUAUCCGUUUAUCUUCUGGGCCUUUCAACGGGUCCGUUUAUCUUCUGCGCUCGCCAAACUAUCCGUUUAUCUUCUGGGCCUUUAAACGGGUCCGUUUAUCUUCUGGGCCCACCAACUCUUCCUGCCCUUGAACCAUUCCGAUUAUCUUCUGUGCCAACCAACGGCUCUGCUUAUCUUUUGUGCCGACCAACGGUUCCCUUUAACUUCUGCACCCUUCAAAGAUUCCUUUACCUUCAGCUCUCACAAACUUAUCCAUUAAUCUUCUUCGCCCAACAACGGUUCUGUUUAUCUUUUGUGAGAACCAACGCUCACGUUUAUCUUCUGUGCCCACCAACGGUUCCGUUUAACUUAUCGGCCCAGCAACUGUACCGUUUAUUCCCUGCGCACAACAACGGUUCCGUUUAUCUUCCGUGCCCAGCAACUCUUUCUUUUAACUUCUGUGCCCACCAACACUUCCAUUUAUCUACCGCGCCCAACAAAUGUUUUCGUAUAUCUUCUGUGCCCUUCGAUGGUUCCGCUUAUUUUCUGUGCCCAACAACGUUUCUGUUUAUCUUCUAUACAAACCAACAUUUCUUGUUUAAUAAUAUCUAUUUAUAUGUACCUAUCUAUCUACCUAUCUAUCUAUCUCAGUGUGUUCUUAUCUAUAUAUCUGUCAUUUUAUUCAUAUACAUCUAUCGGAUCCAGUUCAUAUCUAUCUAUCUAUCUAUCUAUCUAUCUAUCUAUCUAUCUAUCUAUCUAUCUUAG